AUGGAUGAGACAAUAUUUUAUAUGUGGUUGAUAGCAAUGCAUGUUUUAAUGUCUAUUUUCUAUUUCCAAUAUCCAUUGUAUGAAAUUAAUUCUACCACUUUACAAGUACAAGGUGUAGUUGAUGAAAAUGAUAAUAUCAAUACCAAUAUACAACUAUACUAUUCGGGCGUAACCAUCAAUACGUAUCCAGUAGCCGACCCAUUCAAUGGAACCAGUCAAGUCAUCGAUCCAGCAGUCGUCCAUGACACCCAGGGACUGUUGAACGUUCACUGCUCCUUUUUGGCGAUUAUGAUUGUAUUACUUCUCGGGUUGUCAUAUUAUUUCGCUGAUACUAGCAGGAGAUCUACAAAAAUGUUUGUGGUUAGUGGCAUUGUUGUCGUCUCGCUCAUUCUAGUGAGGGUCAUGUUGAUACUAAAUGUGCCAAGAUCACUAUCAAACGAUUUCCAACAUUUCCAACAUUGUCACAGACCCAUCGAUCACCAAUUCAUCAAUUAUUGUUCGUCUCUGUAUGGAUCAAAUAAUAUUGAUAAAGAUGCCAAUAGAGGACAGUUAGUUAUCUAUCAUGAUACUAAAGUAGUAAUAAUAGUUGUCAUUCUACUCACAAUACAAUCACUAUGUGUCGUCAAGGUAUCAUCACAAGAAGUUCCACAAGCUGAAUACGAUUCUUUGGUUUGGUUAAUUCGUCAAAUGGGUAUACAUGGCCAAAAUCCAAUCAAUGUGUGUAGUUCUGGUAUCAUGUGUACUAGCGUCGAUGGUGCAUUCCACGUUGUUUCCAUUAAAAAGAGUCUAACCUUUUUUCCUUUCUUUCAAACAAACAAACAAAGAAAUUUGGUAUCAACUACUUUUACAGAUGUUGGACAGCCAAGCCCUUUUAUUACUUCUUUGACCUUUCCCUAUAUUACAUCUUUGUCACUUACCUUUGAUGCCAAUACACCUCGACCCUAUUACACCGACAUUUCAACUCUAUCACUACUGGGUGGUUCGUUCCCACUAUUAAGAUCUUUAACUAUAAGAAAUGAUGCAACCAUUAAAAGUAUACCAUCAACAUUUGGUAGUAACCUUGUAUCGUUGAAUACGUUAUCCAUACUAAAUGCACCCAAUUUGGUAGAGGUGUCUAGUUUUGGAGCGUCGCCUGCAAAGACGUUUCUGCUAGGUCAAUCAGACUAUCUGCAGAGGAUUAAUUGGGACUUGGUACAAAAACAAGAAUACUCAAUCACCAUAUUACAAUUGGAAAUGGUAUCGAGUACAAUUGAAACCUUUGAAUUGACCAUGCCAUUGGGUAUAUUGGCAAUAGCAAAUGAAAGAGGACAUAUGAUCACACUCUCUGUAAAAUCAUUUGUUCCUUCCGUUACAAUAGAAGGUAAUAUUAUCGCUCGAUUUGGUCAUCCAAGUAAUAUAACAUAUCUUUCACUCAAAACCACCAGUUCAAUUAUACCAAGUGAUUUUGCAGCUUAUCCAUCAUUGAUAACUUAUGAACAAUCAAACGUAAAAGAUACAUUGACUUUUCCAUUCACCGAUUAUUCAUUAACACCCAAUUUACAAUCAAUUUCAAUGAGUCGUAAUAAUCUAAUAGCUUUUCCAAAGAUUCCAAUCCUACCUUCUUUAAAAUCAAUAAUCUUUUCUUCAAACAAUUUCACAGGAGUAUUACCACUUGAACCAUUUUUAACAGCUGCUACAGGUCUUGGAAUCGAUUUAACCAAUAAUCUUGAAUUGACAGGCUCUCUAACUCCCAAUUUUUGUUCAUUUAAUACCUACAUUGCAAACACUGGAAUUACACAAGUACCAGAUUGUUUUUACUGCUACUAUGGAGCAAACAGAGGAUUCUCUUCAUCUAUCCCACCUCCUGCAGGUUUUCACUGUGAUAUAAAAUUUGAUAAAGAGGUGUUCCCUUCAAUUGGUGGGGUAGCAUUAAUAUAUGGUAACAAUUUGGGUUGGUCAUCUGGAUCAAGUUACACAAUGUUGAUUCCAAAUACUAAAAUUUCAUACCCAUUUGCUGCAAUAACAGCUCCUCAAACUGUUGGAUUCAAUUUUAGUGACAGAUAUUAUCUAGAGACAAAGGUUGUGGUUGCCGAUAUUAAACUAUCGAGUGUAUCGGUUGAUGCUGGUGCAGUUGGAUUGUCACUAGACAAGGGGUUACGCUACCCUUGCUCAAUCUAUUUCAGUGACUCUGCCAAUAUUAGAUGUCAACUCUAUCAAGUACCGCCAAGUAAUUAUACUUUGGUUAUUUCAAAUCCCUAUUUAAAGACAUAUACAAACAUUCAAAGUAUUAAAGGUAGUACAAUCAUAUCAUAUCCAUUGGUAUCAUCAGCACAAUUAUCAGGUGCAACAUUACAAUCAUUAACUUUGAAUGGUAAUUUUGGAAAUAAUACGUUCAACACGCCAUCGGUUACUUUAAAUAAUACUAUACCUUGUAACAUCACAUCAAAGAAUCAGAAUACAAUUGUUUGUACAUUAUUAUCAACUCCACAACCUGGACAAGCAUCGGUCCAAACUCAUGUGGAUGGAUUCAGUACAACUGCCAAUAAUUUGAUCAUGGUUCCAUUCCCACCAUCAAUCGAUUUAAAACAAAAAUGUAUUGAAGAUACAUUAAAUUGUUAUGGUCAUGGUCAAUGUAGUGACCAAGGAAUAUGUCUUUGUGAUCAAAAUUAUUAUGAUAAUUGUAAAUAUUUUAAGAAUCCAAAUGUAACAUUUGUUCAAAACGAUACAAAACCAGUUGCAACAUUUGAAUUGGAUGGAUAUAAAUUCUUUUUCUCAUUGGUUGCAAUUCAAGAGUUGGAUGUUGACGAUAAUGUUGUACAAGAGUUAAUUGUCGAUCAAUGGAAUGUUACAGAUCAAUCGGGUGAUGAUCUUACAUCACUUCAUUACAGACUGUUGAUCAAUUCAACAUUGUAUCCAACACUAUCAUCAAUUGUCAAUGUCACAUCAUUGAUAGAAUAUUCAACCAAGGACAGACAACUACCAUUUGGAGAUAGUAUUGUAUCAGUUGGAGCAAAUAGUAUUAAAGUUGGUGUAAAUGUCACUGGAUGGCAAUACCAAUCGAUCCUAUCACAUCUCAGAGUUGUAUUCUCAACGAUUGUCAACAAUGAACAAUCAACCAUCGAAUCAUGUUCCUCUAGUGAUAUUCCAACAUUUGAACAAAUACUAGGAAGUGAUAGUUAUUUAAGAGUUAUCAAGAAUGAUACACAAUUCUAUGGUAGAUUCCUCUCGUAUUCCUAUUCAGAUGGAAGAAAGACAUUUUCAAGAAAUGAAUUAAUCAAUCAAACCAAAAUCAUUGGAAACAACAACAAUGAAUCAUUGGCAUUGAUUGGAGUUCAUGUACCUCAAUGUACUUUUUGUCUUCUCGAUCCAGAUUUCAGUGCAUUAGUCGUCAACAAGGAACAAUCAGAUUGUUCAUCACCGUCAUCAUCCAACACGUGGAAGAUUAUAGUUGGAUGUGUUGUUGGUGGUGCUGUAUUUAUAGCAUUGGUCAUUGCACUGGCUUUCUAUAUUCGUGAUAGUAAUUCAGUUAGAUUUAAACUUAAAGCAGCCAAGAGUAUUCUAAUGAAAAAGGUUAAUAAAGAUGUAAAUCACUAUAAUAGUAUACCCAAACAAAUUCAAUGCACGUCAUCCUGGACUUCAAAGACAAUCAUAUGCAAAAAACCUGGUUCAACUGAAGAUUAA